GCGGUUACAAAGUGAAGUUGUGGGGUGACUCUAUAUGGAGUUGGGACCUUUGGGGGUUGGGGAAAUUUGUCACUCACUGUAACAGCUGCAAAUUGGUUGGGAACAACCAAGCUAGGUUGGCAAGGGUGGCCAACUUGGAUGGAUUGGUUGGGAAAGGACAAAUGUCAAAGUUGGGGUUCCUAUAGGGAGGGAAUCUUUGUGCUUAUGGGGUUUCCUUGGUUGGGGACUCUCUUGGGACCUUCCCUCUCAUCCCUCUCUUCUAUCCCAACCUUUCUCUUGCUCCUCUUAUUCCUUGUGAGAUUCUUGAACUUUGAUUGAACUCUUGAGAUUGAGUUAAGUUCUCCUCCUACAGCUUACCCCCUAGUGCGUCGAAAGCCAUAGCGUCGCGAAUACUUCAUCAAUCAACAUGAUUCAAAUUGGGAACGGUAGCUGAGAUUAAGAGCUACAACAUAUUCAAGUUUCGCGACAUUCCAACGGCUAGUUUUUCGUCGACGUCGUUUCUUGUGAAGACGACUUUUCUGUCCAGAAUUUCGGAUUUAUAUUUUGAGUAAUUCUAGCUCCUAAGUUCACCUAGACUCCGUCCUUAAUACUAACAAGUGGUAUCAGAGCGAUAUUAAGGACAUUGAGAGGAGUCUACAGAAGUUUGAAGACCCUUCUAGACCCACCAUGGCCUGUGGGUGUGCCUAAGUGGUGUUCUAAAGGUUGGAUGUGUCUUCCGCUAAGGGGAAACUCUGCCGAAAUUUCGUGGACGCCGACACUUGUGAAAAUAUCGAGGGAGCUGAGUGUGGACAGCAAAGGGGAGCUGAAAUUCGUCAUUUCUCAAGAAGGAGAUGAAUGAGAGAGGAGGAGAUGCUAAUGGAAGAGGAGCUGUAGCUGAGAAGACAAGUGAGCCGCCGCCAUCAAAAGUUGAAGCUUUGGAUGGCUCCAACUAUGAGGAAUGGAGCGGGCGGAUGAGGAGUGCCUUCAAACGCUACAAGCUCCUGAAGAUUGCUGUUGGGGAAGAGAAGAUGCCGGAAGAAGGCGAAGCACGUGAACGGUAGAUUGAGAAAAGCGCGGUGCUUUUCGACCUCAUCCUUCAAUCGGUCAACAAGGAGAUGUUCGAGCACAUCAAGGAUCUUGUGGAAGCGGAUGAUUCGGGUCCAAGGGCGUGGAAACUACUACGCGAUGUGAUUCAGCCCAACACUCUCCUGAUGGUGAUCGUGCUCGAGAAGGAACUUGCUGCCAUCUCCAUGCGACCAGGGGAUGAUGUGAAGCCGUUCCUUGACAAGAUCAAGGACACCUAUGCAAGGAUGGCAGCAGCGGGCAGCAGUGUAUCUCAGCUGCAGCAGUGCACCAAGAUCAUCUCGGUGUUGGACAACUCUUGGGACAACCUCAUCCCCACCCUCAACUCUCAGCAAGAUCAAUGGACACCUGAGUGGCUAAGGCAGCAGAUUCUGCAGGAGGACUUCCGCAGACGCCAUGUGGGAGGCGGUGCUGCCACUAAGACUGCUGAGGGGUAUGGAGCUGCAGGGCGCGGCAGAGGAAGAGGGGGUUGGAGAGGCCGAGGCCGUGGGAGGAGCUUUGGCAGAGGUAGAGGCCGAGGUGACUAUAAUGAGGGGCAUGGAAGCUCCAGUGGCAGGGGGAGCACCAGAAUGGAGGGCACCUGCUGGUACUGCAAGAAGAUAGGGCAUCCUUGGUUCAAGUGCUUCAGCAGGCCGGAGGGAUGGGCACCUCCAGGCAUGAAGCCGCCCAGUGGUGAACGCGCACAAGGUGGCGCUGUGCAAGGCUCAGGUGCACAAGGUGAAGGUGCACAAGGUAAUGCCUAUCCUGGUUUGUUUCUUAUGGUUGAGGAUGUGCAUGGGCAUGAGGGUGAUGUGGGAUCUGUGGGAAAGGUUGUGAUGCACCCUCUCACGCACUGGGUGAUUGAUUCGGGUUGCAUCAGUCACAUGACCCCACGGGCAGAUUUGCUUGAUGAGGCAAAACCCCCUGGGAAGAUCAAGUAUGUGGCAGCAGCGUCAGGUGCUUUGCUCCCUGUCAUUGGUGUUGGGAAUGCCAAGGUUAAGGGAGCUAAUGGGGAGCUUGUGGGGCUUGGGAAUGUUCUGCUGGUUAAAGGCUUGUCUGCUAACCUUCUCUCUGUGCGGCGACUGCAGAAGAGUAAGGCCGAAGUGACCUUUGGACCAACCAGCUGCCGUGCAAAGCUUGGGAAGAAGGUGCUGUGGAGUCUGGAAGAGGAGACCAGCUGCAUCAAGGACCUGUGGCAGCUGCCCAUCAUCCCAUGGAAUGGGAAGACUCCAACAGCAGCAACGACAGCAGCGGCAAAGGCAACAGCAGGAGGAGAUGCAACUGCACCAACUGAUGGGGUCCUGGAAGCAGUCAAGAAAGUGCAGCAGCAGCAGACACAUGGUGAGGUGCUUGCUGGUGUGGAUGCGAGUGCGGCAUGGGCUAAGGCUUCAUCAAGGAGUGGAGAGGCCGAUUGGGAGACAUGGCAUGAGAGGCUGUGUCAUGUGAACUUCCCUAUGCUGCAGAAGUUGGUGAAGGAUGGGAGCCUGAAAGGAUUGGAGGUAAAGGGGGGAUUGAAGGAGAUUGGGAGCUGCCCUACAUGCUUGGAGACCAAGUUCUCCAAGUUCCCCUUCAACAGCACUACAGGACCAGCCAAGACCCCACUUGCACUUGUGCACAUGGAUGUGGUGGGGCCCACAAGAGCCCCUUCCCUCUCAGGCAGCCGCUAUUUCUUGACAAUUGUGGAUGACCACACUCGGGCAGUGUGGGUUUACCCUUUGAACAGCAAGGGGGAGGUGGCAGCGGCUGUCCUUAAGGAGUGGAUGCCGAGAGCUCAGAGGGAAUGUGGACACAAGGUGAAGGUGAUCCGCAGUGACAAUGGUGGGGAGUUCAUUGGAGCUGAUUUUGAGGGGGAGUUGAAGAGGAAGGGGAUCCAACAUCAACUGACAGUGCCCUACAACCCGCAGCAGAAUGGCGUGGCUGAGAGGUUCAACAGGACCCUGCAGGAGGGGGCACGCACUCUCCUUGGGCGUGCAGGGCUGCCUGAUCCGUUUUGGGUGUCUGCACUGAGGCAGGUCGCCCUUGUGAAGAAUAGGGUGCUGGCAACAGUUGGGGAUAAGGAGUGGAUCCCAUAUGUCAAGUGGUAUGGGAGUGCUCCAGCUGUGAACAUGCUGAGGGCAUUUGGGUGCAUGGUGGUGUUUCAUGUGCCUAAGGAGAAAAGGGGGAAGUUGGAGGCUUCUGGAAGAUGGGGUGUGCACUUGGGGAUUGCAAAGGAUCACAAGGGAUGGCUGCUAUGGGACUUGACCACCCAGAAGCUGACAGUGUCAAGGGAUGUGAAGUUUCUUGAGUCCCUGUACUAUAAGGAAUGGAAGCAGCAGCAACAGAAGCUUCCAUCUACACCACUCAUUGUGGAGGCAGAUGAGUUGCAGCAGCCUUCAAGGCAGGUGGAGGUUGCAGUGUCUGAGGAGGAGAUAUCUGGGGUGACUGAAGAAGGGGGAGCAGCUGAAGUGGAGCAGCAACAGCAACAUGAGUCUCCACCUCGAGUUCCACACCCGCCUGAGCGACCUAGGAGGGAUGUGCGCCCUCCUGUGAGGCUGACCUAUGGGGGAAGAGGCAAGCCAAAUGUGGUGCAGGCUGGGAGUGUGGUUGAGCAGAUUGAGGAAGAUGAGAUCGCUCACUGCUACUGGGCACCAAUCCCUGAGCCCAAGACUCGAGAGGAGGCCUUGAAUGGACCAAAUGGGGAGAAGUGGAAGGCGAGUGAGGAUGAGGAGUUCGGGUCCCUAAUUGAGAACGAGACAUGGGACCUGUGUGACUUGCCUCCUGGGAAGAAGGCAAUCACUUCCAAGAUGAUCUACAGGCACAAGUAUGGACCUGAUGGGGAGCUGACCCGCUACAAGUCUAGGCUUGUGGCACGGGGGUUUCAGCAGACAAAGGGGAAGGACUAUGAUGAGGUGUUUGCUCCUGUGGGGAAAGGAACAACACUGAGGGUGCUGUUGGCGAUAGCUGCACUCCUGGGAUGGAAGAUACGGCAGAUGGACAUUGUGACUGCCUUUCUGAAUGGGAUCAUUCUGGCGGAGGCGGAUCAUUGGAAGGGCAUGAAGCUUGCUGGGAUGAGUGUGCAUUGAGUAUGCAUGCUUGAGAUGUUGGUAUGGUGGUUGAUGGUUGGCAGCCAGAGGGGGAGAUUGUUGUGUGAUGUCAUCAUAUGCUAUCACAUUCUGUCUGCCUCCCAUCUCUUGUUUCAACUUGCAUGUGUGGUUUGAACGUGUGCAAGAAUUUGUGUGUGAUGUGUUCUGGAGUUUGGGAAUGUGUUUUGUGUUAUUUUGUUUGAGCAGGUUUUUUGUGAUGAUAGAUCUUGAGAAGAUCUUUCCGACGCAACGAGAAUCCCUUCAAUCGGAGCAAGAACGCGAAAGCUAUGAAGAUUCAAAGUUCAUGAGCUUGCGUUACAAUUGCGGCGGUUACAAAGUGAAGUUGUGGGGUGACUCUAUAUGGAGUUGGGACCUUUGGGGGUUGGGGAAAUUUGUCACUCACUGUAACAGCUGCAAAUUGGUUGGGAACAACCAAGCUAGGUUGGCAAGGGUGGCCAACUUGGAUGGAUUGGUUGGGAAAGGACAAAUGUCAAAGUUGGGGUUCCUAUAGGGAGGGAAUCUUUGUGCUUAUGGGGUUUCCUUGGUUGGGGACUCUCUUGGGACCUUCCCUCUCAUCCCUCUCUUCUAUCCCAACCUUUCUCUUGCUCCUCUUAUUCCUUGUGAGAUUCUUGAACUUUGAUUGAACUCUUGAGAUUGAGUUAAGUUCUCCUCCUACAGCUUACCCCCUAGUGCGUCGAAAGCCAUAGCGUCGCGAAUACUUCAUCAAUCAACAUGAUUCAAAUUGGGAACGGUAGCUGAGAUUAAGAGCUACAACAUAUUCAAGUUUCGCGACAUUCCAACGGCUAGUUUUUCGUCGACGUCGUUUCUUGUGAAGACGACUUUUCUGUCCAGAAUUUCGGAUUUAUAUUUUGAGUAAUUCUAGCUCCUAAGUUCACCUAGACUCCGUCCUUAAUACUAACAAUAGGCGCUUGAGAGAAAAAGCUUGGUUCCUCCGAGCUGCUGCAGGUCGCUGAACCUUGACUCGAUGCAGUCGAUCAUCUCUUGGGCCAUGGCACGGCACAACAUGAUGCAAGACUUCUUGUCGCUCUUGAACUCCGAGUCCGAAAUCGACUUCGUGUGAAGGAUGUACUCGUGGCGGAAUGGCUAGCCAUCCUUCGCCUCCCCCUCGACGACCACACGGCCUUCAGGCUCAUGGGAUGUCAAGAACUUGUGCAGGUGCUUGCUUCUGGGGCCGCCGAAAAAAGAGUAGCAGUUGAUGUACCGUGCGCGAAUCACCUCGGUGGUGCUCUGCACCAUGCUUCCCAUCCUGGUGAUGUCGACCUGCAAGUAGCAUGAGAAAAUCACA